UCGGAGCCUGUUCACGUGGAAAUGAUCUGCCACGCAGGAACAGGAAUCUUUCCUGCAAAUCCCUCCUUCCCAUAGGGAGAGAGAGAGAGAAGGGGAAAGGACACAUGAGAAAGGGCAGGCCUGAGAGAGAGGGUGUCGCGGGUGUCCCAGAAGUGACCGAUUAACCGAACACAACAAUGAGCUUCAUUCGAACGGCCCUGUAUCUGAUUCUCGUGGUCACUUUGUGCCCAGGUUCCUGCCUGGCCAGGCGGUCUGCUGAUCUGUACUGUGGAGCUUGCCGGGCCCUGGUUGAUGAGUUAGACUGGGAGAUCUCUCAGGUGGAUCCCAUGAAGGUGAUCGAGACAGGAUCCUACUACCUGGACGAGAACGGGCACCCCGUGGCCACUACGAUUCCCUACGCCCGGUCAGAAGCGUUCCUCAUUGAGUUGCUGGAGCGGGUGUGCGGACACAUGAAGGAUUACGGUGAACUGACGGACCCAGAGACUCACCGACACAGCUACAUCCGAGUGUUUACCCGGGAGGGGGUCAGGACCAACCCCCCCUACACUCAGUUCACCCAGGACAUCACCUCCAGGUUAAAGCAAGUGUGUGAGAAACUGGCCGAG